AUGGGUGUUCAUUGUCACGACGACACUCGUGCUUAUUCUGAAGCGAGAAGUCGACAAGUCGGAAGUGCGAACAGAAAUAACGGGGAAACCGCCGCUGUGGACGAGGACGACGAAGAACUCGAGCUGGGUGUCGCCGAGUCGUAUGCCGUGCUCUACAAGAUUCUGAAAUUGAGACCAAUCCAUUAUAUGGUGGCCAUUCUGUUGACUGGAAAGCUCGCGUUCGCAGCGUCUGACGGAAUGACCAGUCUGAAACUGAUUGAUAUGGGAAUCCCGAAAGACCGUCUCGCCAGUAUCGGAGUCUUCCUCACGCCAAUGCAAAUUCUUCUUCCGUGGAUCAUUGGAAAGUGGACUGCGGGACCGCGUCCUCUUAACAUCUUCCUCCUCGCAUUCCCCUACAGAAUCUUCAUCGGCGGAGUGUUUGCUGCCCUCGUUUGGUGGACUCCUCACUUCAGACUUCCGGACGGAAAAUUCGAAUAUUCUGUCUACUUUGUCUGGAUCACUGGAUUCAUCUUCCAUCAGGUUUGUUAAAUACUUCCUGUGUAUGUAACGAAGGAGUUUUCUUUCAGCUGUCCACCUACUGCAUGUUUGUCUCCAUGAUGGCGUUCAUCGCACAGAUCUCGGACCCGCGCAUCGGAGGAACCUACAUGACGCUCCUGAACACUCUGAACAACUUGGGAGGAAACUGGCCGGUCACUGUUGUGCUCUCGAUCACCGACUGGUUCACAUACAAAGACUGUAUUGUGAAAGGAACUAAAGAGUGCGUGGGAAAAGUAAAAAUGAACAAUCGCAUCCAUUCCUUUCAGCGUUUUAUACUCGUGCAACACGAAAGUGCUGGCGGAUCAGUGCAAGGCAGGCGGAGACGUUUGCGAAGUGGCAGUCGACGGAUACUUCAUUUCGGUGGCCGUCUGCUCCGUCAUCGGCAUCAUCUGGUAAGUAAACAAACGGGGCUGACUUGAAGUCGUGAUUCGGAAAUCACCAAUAAGUAGUCACUUCCUUCUCCGAAUCACGCAGGUCUUGACCUUCACCCGACCGAGACAACUUGUUCUGUUGGCAGCAGCAGCCGGCCGGAACAUAAAUGCGUUGAAAUGGGAAAAGGAAAAAGAAAUCAAAUCAGUUGUAGAAAAAUGAUUGAAGUGCGGCGAGUGACGAGAGGGUUUCCUCACGUAUGUAUUUCCAGGUACAAAGUGUUCUUCAACAAGAUCAAGUACCUCCAGAAGAUCCCACGCAGUCAGUGGAAAGUGUUUGGCCGGUGA